GAGGUCAGUGGACCAAAUGAAUUACAUGGAGCCAAUGUGGAUAAUGAAGAUGAGAGUGGCGAAGAUGAUGGUGCAAGUGGUGACUCUUCGACGGAGGCGGGAAAGCAGAGAACUCGAGGCAAACGACGAGGACGUAAAGUUGUUGGCAGGAUAAGUAAACAAAAAAUGACCGAGAUUCAACAGAUGAUCGAUGCCGACAGACGUCGCCUAGAGGAGGUGAAGGACAUGGCCGUGGAAGAGAGGAAUAAGGUCCAGGUGAUGCAUAUUUUAUAUAAGCUUAAGCACUUUAACCAUUUUACAUAA